AUUCCCUUUGGGGCCAUGGGAUCACUGCUUGGGUUCCUGGCUCUGCUGCUGCUGUGGGGCGCUGUGGCUGAGGGCCCAGCCAAGAAGGUGCUGACCCUGGAGGGGGACCUGAUUCUGGGUGGGCUGUUUCCGGUACACCAGAAGGGCGGCCCAGCAGAGGAGUGUGGUCCUGUCAAUGAACAUCGCGGCAUCCAGCGCCUGGAGGCCAUGCUUUUUGCUCUGGAUCGUAUCAACCAUGACCCGAGCCUGCUGCCAGGAGUGCACCUGGGUGCGCACAUACUCGACAGUUGCUCCAAGGACACACAUGCCCUGGAGCAGGCACUUGACUUCGUGCGUGCAUCACUCAGCCAUGGUGCCGAUGGCUCACGCCAUGUUUGCCCCGAUGGUUCUUAUGCCACCCAUGGUGAUGCUCCCACUGCCAUCACUGGUGUCAUUGGCGGCUCCUACAGCGAUGUCUCCAUCCAGGUGGCCAACCUCCUGCGGCUAUUUCAGAUCCCUCAGAUCAGCUAUGCAUCCACCAGUGCCAAGCUGAGUGACAAGUCCCGCUAUGACUACUUUGCCCGCACGGUGCCCCCUGACUUCUUCCAAGCCAAAGCCAUGGCUGAGAUUCUCCGCUUCUUCAACUGGACCUACGUGUCCACUGUGGCAUCCGAGGGCGACUAUGGCGAGACAGGCAUCGAAGCCUUUGAGCUAGAGGCCCGUGCCCGCAACAUCUGUGUGGCCACCUCGGAGAAGGUGGGCCGUGCUAUGAGCCGCACAGCCUUUGAGGGCGUGGUGCGAGCCCUGCUGCAGAAACCCAGUGCCCGCGUGGCUGUCCUGUUCACCCGUUCCGAGGACGCCCGCGAGCUCCUCGCUGCCACCCAACGUCUCAAUGCCAGCUUCACCUGGGUGGCCAGCGAUGGCUGGGGGGCCCUGGAGAGCGUGGUGGCAGGUAGCGAAGGUGCUGCUGAAGGUGCCAUCACCAUAGAGCUGGCUUCCUACCCCAUCAGCGACUUUGCCUCCUACUUCCGGACCCUGGACCCGUGGAAUAACAGCCGGAACCCCUGGUUCCGCGAGUUCUGGGAGCAGAGGUUCCGCUGCAGCUUCCGGCAGAGAGACUGUGCAGCCCACUCCCUGCAGGCUGUGCCCUUUGAGCAAGAGUCCAAGAUCAUGUUUGUGGUCAAUGCAGUUUAUGCCAUGGCCCACGCGCUGCACAACAUGCAUCGCGCCCUCUGCCCCAACACCACCCGCCUCUGUGAUGCAAUGCGGCCUGUCAAUGGGCGCCGCCUCUACAAAGACUUCGUGCUCAACGUCAAGUUCGAUGCCCCCUUCCGCCCAGCUGACACCCACAGUGAGGUCCGCUUCGACCGCUUUGGGGACGGUAUUGGUCGCUACAAUAUCUUCACCUAUCUGCGGGCAGGCAAUGGGCGCUAUCGCUACCAGAAGGUGGGCUACUGGGCAGAAGGCCUGACCCUGGACACCAGCCUCAUCCCAUGGGCCUCCCUCUCAGCCGGGCCCCUGCCCGCCUCUCGCUGCAGUGAGCCCUGCCUCCAGAAUGAGGUGAAAAGCAUGCAGCCCGGGGAGGUCUGCUGCUGGCUCUGCAUCCCCUGCCAGCCCUACGAGUACAGGCUGGAUGAGUUCACCUGUGCUGACUGUGGCCUGGGCUACUGGCCCAAUGCCAGCCUGACUGGCUGCUUUGAGCUGCCCCAGGAGUACAUCCGCUGGGGCGAUGCCUGGGCCGUGGGACCUGUCACCAUCGCCUGCCUAGGUGCCCUGGCCACCCUCUUUGUACUGGGCGUCUUCGUGCGGCACAAUGCCACCCCAGUGGUCAAGGCCUCUGGCCGGGAGCUCUGCUACAUUCUGCUGGGUGGUGUCUUCCUCUGCUACUGCAUGACCUUCGUCUUCAUUGCCAAGCCAUCCACAGUGGUGUGCACCUUACGGCGCCUCGGUUUGGGCACUGCCUUCUCUGUCUGCUACUCAGCCCUGCUCACCAAGACCAACCGCAUUGCGCGCAUCUUCGGUGGGGCUCGGGAGGGAGCCCAGCGACCACGCUUCAUCAGCCCUGCCUCGCAGGUGGCCAUCUGCCUGGCCCUUAUCUCGGGCCAGCUGCUCAUCGUGGCUGCCUGGCUGGUGGUGGAGGCACCAGGCACAGGCAAGGAGACAGCCCCUGAGCGGCGGGAGGUGGUGACAUUGCGCUGCAACCACCGCGAUGCAAGCAUGCUGGGCUCGCUGGCCUACAAUGUGCUCCUCAUUGCGCUCUGCACACUCUAUGCCUUCAAGACCCGCAAGUGCCCUGAAAACUUCAAUGAGGCCAAGUUCAUCGGCUUCACCAUGUACACCACCUGCAUCAUCUGGCUGGCCUUCCUGCCCAUCUUCUAUGUCACCUCCAGUGACUACCGGGUGCAGACCACCACCAUGUGCGUGUCGGUAAGCCUCAGUGGCUCUGUGGUGCUCGGCUGUCUCUUCGCACCCAAGCUGCACAUCAUCCUGUUCCAGCCACAGAAGAACGUGGUUAGCCACCGCGCACCCACCAGCCGCUUCAGCAGUGCAGCUGCCAGAGCCAGCUCCAGCCUCGGCCAAGGGUCUGGCUCCCAGUUUGUCCCCACUGUUUGCAACGGCCGCGAAGUGGUGGACUCAACAACAUCAUCGCUUUGA